GCGAUCUCCACUUCCCAAAGGUAAAUUUGGUUGUCACAGUCAUAUUUAAUUUUGAUAUUCACCGAUCAACCAUGUCACCCAUCUUGAUAUUCCCUCUUUCUCUUUGCGUGCUGACGACCACACUCAGGAUUCGUGUAGACCCUGUCUUGACACACAUCUUUCUCGUUCCUAUCCAUGGAAUAUCAUUCAGUAUUGAAACCUUAGUACAAUCCUUCUGUCAGGCCAGAAGAAGGUCGGGGAACGAGCCAACACGCCCAUGUGCAGCACUGAAGCUGACGAUUGGUCCAUCCCGACUAGUCUACCCUUCCAUCCAACCUAAGAAAGUCUUGUUCCUAAUACUGCAGUGACUUAUAUGAUAGUGGUUACCUAUAUGUCAGACACCAUUAUUUUAAUAUUACUAGUUUAAAGGGUCCCCUUCUUGUCUAACCUCACCUCAUCACAAGCAUUCUACGUACUAGUAAUAAUUACUAUAUACAAUAAGGCAAUAAUCGAAGAAGAUGAGACUGUUGCCUAAACACAUGGAUCAUCAGCAAAAAAUGACACGGCCACC